GCGAGCGGGGCCGGGCUGCAGGCGGCGAGGAGCCGGUGGCGGAGCGCGGGGAAGGGGCGCCGGGCAGGCUAAAUGUAAGCGCAUGACAGCGACAGUUGUAACUCCUGUUGUUCUGACCUAAGAAAGCCAAAGGAAGGAAGGAAGAACUUUUUUAGACAGGCUAUUUUAACAUUAACAGCUUCAUUAGAAAAAAAAAAUGUCUAGCAUCUCAAGAGGAAAGGUCCAUUUUGUGUGGAAAUAAGUGAUUCCCUGAGGACUGUCCCAAUGACAGAGCUGUCUGCGCAUUUACCCCAGUUUCAGCAUGGACAGCUGACAGAAAACUUCCCUGAUACCCACCUCAGCAACGCCCAAGAGUCCAUGGCCUCUGCUCUGUUUAAUACUGAUCAGAAUGACAACAGUGAAAGACGUCGCCAUGAUAAUAGUGAGCGCAGAAGAAAUGACAAUCUCGAGUCUGAGACUAAUGGGCAGCCACAAAACAACAUUCAGCAAGUGGUGGAGCAAGAUGAAGAAGAAGAUGAAGAGCUGACACUGAAAUAUGGGGCAAAACAUGUGAUUAUGUUGUUUGUACCUGUCACGCUUUGCAUGGUGGUCGUUGUUGCAACUAUCAAGUCUGUCAGCUUUUAUACACGCAAGGAUGGACAGCUCAUCUACACUCCUUUCACAGAAGAGACAGAGACAGUAGGACAGAGAGCCCUGAAUUCUAUUCUUAACGCGGCCAUCAUGAUCAGCGUUAUCAUUGUCAUGACCAUCCUCCUGGUUGUGCUUUAUAAAUACAGAUGCUACAAGGUGAUCCAUGGUUGGCUUAUCAUUUCUUCUCUUUUGCUGCUUUUCUUUUUCUCGUUCAUCUACCUGGGCGAGGUUUUUAAGACGUAUAAUGUUGCCAUGGACUACAUUACAGUGGCACUCAUGAUCUGGAACUUUGGUGUUGUGGGAAUGAUUUGUAUCCAUUGGAAGGGCCCUCUGCGGCUCCAGCAGGCAUAUCUCAUUAUGAUAAGCGCUCUCAUGGCCUUGGUGUUCAUUAAGUAUCUUCCUGAAUGGACUGCGUGGCUCAUCCUGGCUGUCAUUUCAGUGUAUGAUUUGAUUGCUGUCCUGUGUCCUAAAGGUCCUCUUCGUAUGUUAGUUGAAACAGCUCAAGAGAGAAAUGAAACUCUCUUUCCAGCACUUAUUUACUCCUCAACAAUGAUAUGGCUUGUGAACAUGGCUGAGGAAGAUCCAGAAGCCCAACGGAAAUCCAAAAACUCCACUUAUGAUAAACAAGCUCCCACAAGCCAGACUCCUAAUGAAGAUGCUGAAGCAGAUGAUGGUGGCUUUAGUCAGGAAUGGCAGCAACAAAGGGACAACAGAAUAGGACCCAUUGAAUCAACACCUGAAUCACGUGCUGCUGUUCAGGCUCUACCCAGUAACUCUCAAACAAGUGAAGACCCUGAAGAGCGAGGAGUAAAGCUUGGUUUAGGUGAUUUCAUUUUCUACAGUGUCCUUGUUGGCAAAGCCUCUGCAACAGCAAGUGGGGACUGGAAUACAACUUUAGCAUGUUUUGUAGCCAUAUUAAUUGGUCUGUGCCUUACACUUCUGCUUCUUGCCAUCUUUAAGAAGGCCUUACCAGCUCUUCCAAUCUCCAUAACCUUUGGGCUAGUUUUUUACUUUGCCACAGAUAACUUGGUGCAACCCUUUAUGGACCAGCUAGCAUUCCAUCAGUUUUAUAUCUAGCAGACAUGAUGCUGGAAUGGAUAUUUGUAGCAAAUCUGGAAGGAGGAAAAACGGUUUUCCCUCAGUUCUCAAGCGAGACUGAAGUUAAAUACUCAAGAUUCCAAGCUUGAACCAUGACAAUUUCCUCCGAUGGUGGUUUUUGGUUUGCUUUUUUUCCUGAGACAACUGCUGCACUGGGCACCAUAUGAAUUUUCCUGUGUGAAAGUGGCUUCUUCCUGAUGGCCAGUCUAAGCCAGGUGCUGUUAUAUCAGAGGUAAUCUGAUAUACAUAUCUCUGGUAAGGACCACUUGUGUGCAAAUUGCUAAUGCUUCCACCAGCAAUGUGAUCUCUUACCACAGGCUGAUUGUUUUCACAGCGCUAAGGGUGCUCAGAACUUCUUUGAUGUUGAGAGGAAGCUGAAAAAUCACAUGGAAMUUGUCCCUGUAACCGCUUGAAGAAAGACAGCCCAAAUUGGACUUCUUCAGCCGUGAUUUUUGACAGCGGUGGCCCGACUGUAACAGGAAAGGACUUCGUAGCAAUUUGACAAAGGGAGAAAGUACUCUAAGAGUGCUCCAUGACUUCAUAGCCUCUGUGCCUGAGUGUGUUUGGUUUAGUAAAUUUAAAAGCUUUUUUUUUUUUUUUCCACACUGGAACUAGAGCUUCUUCUCAGUUUUAAUACUUCGUGUUCUCAAGCAUGGAGUGCACCUUCUGUACACCUGCUCCAGUUUAUGUAGCUGCUUAGACUUGGGCUCAAUUAUUUGGCAGUAGAGGAUCAUAAGGUCCURAGGUGGAUCUUAUAUUCUAAAAGGUUAAUAAACUACAUUAAAAAGCAAUUUCAGGACUUAUUCUUUGUGCUCUUGCAAAUMAUUUUGCUAGAACACCAUUCCAAACCUUAUGUUUGAAAACAGUCACUAACAGCACAGACUGCAUUAUUGGUGUAUGUUCCUUCUGUUGGCAUUCUUAUGAAAUAAGUAGACAUUCAGAGCAAUCCCAGAUGGAGUUUAGCUUGCCAGAUCUAGAGAUCAAAGUGCUAUUAAGAGCACGUCUAAUGCAUCACUGAAAUUCUUGGUCAUCAAAAAUGUCAUUUAGAGUUCUGUUGACUGAAGUAUUGGUCACCCAGCUGUCUAACACCUCAGGCUGUGCAGGGAAUUUUUUUUUGUCCAUAUCUUUAUUGGUGAUGAUACUUAAGUUAGGUGAGAGAUUGCUUAAUGUUGCUAAGGAGCAAAAUUUGUAAUCCUCUUCACUUUAAUUACAUUUCUCGUGAGGAACUGCUGAUAGGCAAAAAGAAGGACAAUUCAAUAUCACUGAAAAGAAGAUAGGAGAUUUUCAACUUCUUACAAGAAGAAGAAUAAUCUGUUCAAACCUUAGAACUGCUAAGUCUGAUUUCUUCUUCAUUUGAAACAACUCAUUUAUGAAUAGUUGCUUGGAAAUGAGACUUGGGUGAGAUGAAGUUGGUUUUGCUGUAAAUUCUUACUGCGUACAAGUAAUUUUUGUUCUUGGGAACCUUAGGGAGUGGAUAGGCUCCAUCCAUUUUAUUUUCAUCUUGAUACUGGAGUCCUUGCCAAGUAGAACAAUUGUCAAAAUCCUGACACUAGGUCCUUUUACCUUUUUUUCCUCGGAUUUUGUUUCAGUACCUAUAGAUUCAAAGGACUGAAACAACAGAUGUGCUCACCAACUUUUUUCCAAAUAAGGAAAGAAAGGCUGUGAUGUAUAAAUCUGCUUUAAAACCAAGAAAGGUUUUCUUUCGUUGUCCUUGAUAAUAUAUGUCUCUUUUCCAGUAUGACGUGCUAACUGUAGUGUUAGCAUUUACAUUUUCAUAAAAUACAUUGUCUCAUCUAAAGUACUCAUCUCAUUUGUGUCCUGAUUCGUUGUAGAUAGCCUUAAUAAACUAACCAUAUCAAAAUUCCUUACAGUGACUUUUCAAGUCAAACUUCUUUGUGUUUUCUAACUUAAAUUACUGUUCCAUUUUGUGUUGCAAUGAAGACUUGAAAUACGUUUGUUGGUUGGUUGAGGGUAUUUGGGUUUUUUGUUGUCGUUUUUUGGUUGGGCUUUGUGUUUGGUUUUUAGGGUUUUUUUUUUUUAACAAGACUUUGAGUUGUUUUUAUACCAUUGUAAUUUGUCCCUUUCACUGAGCAUUAUAUCUAAGAAAAUUCCCUUGUGUGUUUUAUUGGGCAUCCCAGCUAUAGUUUCRUUGUAUAGAGCAGGUUUGCUAAGAGUUGCUAUCACUAGCAUUUGCUUGUGUGUCUGAGCUGGCUCUCAGUUAAGGGCUGUUAUUUAAAUGCAGAAGUCAUCACUUAUUUCUUUUUUGGCUUCAGUAUGCACCAUGGGAGCAUUAGCUGCAUUAGGAGUUGCUUUAGAAUCUAUAGAUAUGCACAAAAGCCUUUUCACAUACUUGAGUGGAUGUUAGAUGUACAACCCAAGGAAGAGCUCAGAACCUUCAAACACUAAAUUGCCAGUCUUCCAUUUCCCAGAGCUGCUUCUGUUAUCCUGAAGUUUUAAUUUCUGAGCUAGUGUAGCGUUACAGUAGUGGAGACUAUAAAAUUUGUGUUCACAGAAACUGUUCAAAUUUGUGUUUGAAUCUCAAAUUCAGAAGGGAAUUUGCAUUUAUUGGCAACUAUAUGUUAAAGUAUACAGCUUAUUACUAGGUCUUAGGUACACCUUCAAAAACCAGAUGAAAUUUUCUAGAUUUGCCCUCUCAGGUGAAGUCAUGGUAGCUUAUGUUUCAAAUGAGAUCUUGCAGCUAAGAAUUAUCUCASAACACAGAUCCAUAUAAGGUUCAGUUGCCAAUUGGUUCUGUUUGCAUUUGGGUUGUUACUACACAAGCGUAAAGGUUGUGUCACUUUUCUCUCCUGUCUUGAAACACUGAUCUAAUUUGAGGUCGUGAUUCACCUUGGUUAGAUUGUUGUAACUGAAAGACUUUUUCAUAAGUAGUCUGCAUUU